UGACUACACAUCAUCCACUGGAGCACCAUCCAUUAUAGAGCCCAAAUACCAUACUGUUUACCGAAAUGAUUAAACUCAGGGUACGGAUACCAAGAAGUACCGCCCCCAUGGAAUUAGAAGUGGAUAUUGAGGCUCCCUGGAUUGCCUUACUCUAUGAGCUCGAGAGAGUUACUGGACUCGAUGUGAAUAAGAUCCAAGUCUUGUUUGGAUUUCCCCCGAAGCCGGUUCGGGUCUCGGAUGAGACUCUUCUUAAGGACCUUAAGCUGAGAAACAACGAUAUUAUCAUUGUUCAGGAAGGUGAAGGAGGGCUCCAGAAAGGGGUAGAUGGGAGAAAAUAUGUUCCUCCAGUGCAUGAAAGGGCGCAUUUCACACGUCGUAUUUGUCCAUCUGAUAAUUCAUGUUUAUUUCACGCUUGUGCGUACAUUCUGCAUGACAAGAGCCGUUCAGAUGGACCUAUACUUCGUCAAAAGUGUGUGGAGUUCGUGAUCAGCCAUCCUGAAAUAUUCAGUAAGGAAGUGCUUGGUGAAGAUCCAUAUGAGUACGCUGCAUGGCUCAGCCGGCCCGGUUCUUGGGGUGGGGCCGUCGAGUUGGAGAUAUUAAGUCGCAUUUACGAGACGGAGAUCUUCGCUCUUGACUUGGAGUCGUCUGCUGUGCGGAAGUUUGGAACAGGGAACAACUAUAGUGUGCGUGGGUUUGUUGUGUACACUGGGGCACAUUAUGACUGCAUCGCCAUGAAUCCCAUGUUCAACUCAUCAUUAGAAAUGAACGACCAAGUACUGUUCAACACUAGGAAUGACAACGUCGUGGAGCGAGCACAACGUUUUGUGCAGGAGGAAGGUAAAAAGCUACAUUGAAGUAUGUGUCUGUGUGGGGAAGGUCAAGCGAUAGGAUGUAUUUGCGGCAUCGGCGUGAAGAUCUCAAGAAUCGAAAUAGAAACGGAGCGCUGUUUAGUACUUGGGAAUUUAUUGUGUGUUUAAUAAGCAACCAUAGACAAUUACUUUGAAAAUAUACUUAAUGACUAUUGAGCUGCAUUAUUUACAUUCCUCUUGGCGUGUUAUUUUUCUUUGAUUGCGAAAAAGUAAUGCACCCCGCCUGUUUAUAUUUUUUGACGGCUUUAUGUUGUUAAUGUGAUCUCGGAGCUGAAGCUAAUAUAUUUCAUCGUUUCUAA